AGGAAAAAAUUAGCGCCCCAUUUUUUCAAAAAUCCCCAUACGCCAUUAAACCGCCAUUUCUCUCUCUCUCUCUCUCUAGGGUUUUAGACAAUGGAUCUUGUCUCGUCGCCGGGAUUUUGCUCGAAGGAGCAGCAAAAGAUCUACGCCGAGUGGUUCUCCGUCGCCGAUUCUGAUGGCGAUGGGCGUGUCACGGGGAACGAUGCGCUCAAGUUCUUCGCUUUGUCCAAUCUUGCUCGCUCUGAACUCAAACUGGUCUGGGCCAUAGCAGAUUCUAAACGACAGGGGUAUCUUGAUUUUCAUGAGUUUAUUAGCGCAAUGCAGCUAAUUGCACUAGCACAGGCAGGUCAUGAGAUUACACAAGAUUCCCUUAAGCAUGAAGAUUUGAAGAAUUUUAAACCUCCGGAGAUGGAAGGUUUGGAUGAACUAGUAGCUAAAGCCAAGCAUUCAACAAAGAGGAGUGAACCUGAUCCUGAACCAUCUCCCGAGACCCCCUCACCCAUAUCAUUUAAUUUCUUCAGCACAAAAUCAACAAAGAAGAUUCCUCUGAGCUCUGUCACUUCUAUUAUUGAUGGCUUGAAGAAACUAUAUAUUGAAAAAUUAAAGCCAUUGGAAGUUACCUAUCAAUUUAAUGAUUUUGCUUCUCCUUUGCUGACAAACAGUGAUUUUGAUGCCAAGCCCAUGGUUAUGCUUUUGGGUCAGUAUUCUACAGGGAAGACAACAUUUAUAAAGCAUUUGCUAAGAUCUAGCUACCCAGGGGCUCAUAUAGGACCAGAGCCCACAACCGAUAGAUUUAUUGUUGUCAUGUCAGGACCAGAUGAAAGGAGUAUUCCUGGAAACACUGUUGCUGUGCAGGCAGACUUGCCUUAUAAUGGUCUUACAUCAUUUGGAACUGCAUUUUUAUCAAAAUUUGAGUGCUCUCAGAUGCCACAUCCACUUCUGGAGCACAUAACAUUUGUUGAUACUCCUGGGGUUCUUUCUGGAGAAAAGCAAAGAACCCAGCGUAGCUAUGAUUUUACUGGUGUCACGUCUUGGUUCGCAGCUAAGUCUGAUCUCAUACUUCUUCUAUUUGAUCCACAUAAGCUUGACAUCAGUGAUGAGUUCAAACGUGUAAUUGGAUCACUCCGUGGUCAUGAAGAUAAAAUACGCGUGGUUCUCAAUAAGGCAGACCAAGUACACACUCAACAGCUCAUGAGAGUUUAUGGUGCGUUGCUGUGGUCAUUGGGGAAAGUCCUGAAUACCCCUGAAGUCAUGCGUGUUUAUAUUGGUUCUUUCAAUGACAAGCCUGUAAAUGAAGCGGCCUCUGGACCUAUUGGAAAGGAGUUGUUUGAGAGAGAGCAGGAUGACCUCAUCUCUGACCUAAAAGACAUCCCCAAGAAGGCUUGUGAUCGCCGGAUCAAUGAGUUUGUUAAGCGUGCAAGAGCUGCCAAGAUUCAUGCAUAUAUAAUCAGUCAUUUAAAGAAGGAGAUGCCAGCAAUGAUUGGCAAAGCCAAAACUCAACAGCGCCUCAUAGAUCGCCUCGAGGAUGAGUUUGCAAAGGUUCAAAGGGAGUAUCAUCUACCAGCAGGGGAUUUUCCCAGCGCGGAGCGCUUCAGAGAAGUCCUGAGUGGUUACAACAUCGACAAAUUUGAGAAGCUGAAGCCAAAAAUGAUUCAAGCUGUUGAUGAUAUGCUUGGAUACGACAUUCCAGAGCUCCUCAAGAACUUCAGAAACCCAUACGAAUGAGGAUCGAUCUUGGCAUUUAUGUCGAAUGCACUUGUUCUCAGACACUUCAUCCAAUAGCUAAGUAGCCAUAUUUUGUAACUUUGUAGUGGAAAAAUGGCAGUAGGCUUCGUGCUACAUCUCGCCUCAUUUGAAAUAGACUUCCAAAUUACUUCAAAAAGUGUUGUAAACCUGUACAAUUUUGCCCGAGGAGAGAAUUUAGAAGAGUGAGUAUUGCAAUGUUGUUGUAAGCGAUUUGCAUAUAGCUUACCUAACAGUCAUCAGGCAUUGUAGUUUUAAUAAUAUAAAAAGCCCUAAGUAUUGGGGUUUUGUGAAA